AUGACAAGGCCCGCGGCCUCAUCCCGUAUUCACGGCCCGCGCGCCUCCCAUUGGCCGCCACCGCCCGCCGCGCUGCAUAUUCAUGAGGGGCGGGGCGCGCGGCGAUUGGCGGGCGCGGCGGAAGGGGCGGGGCGUGCCGGCGGCCAUGGCGGCGCGGCGCGGCGCGCUGAUCGCGCUGGAGGGCGUGGAUCGCGCCGGCAAGAGCACGCAGGGCCGGCGGCUCGUGGAGGCCCUCCGGGAGGCCGGGCACCGCGCCGACCUCCUCCGCUUCCCCGGACGACAGAGAUCGGGCAGCUGAUCAGCUCCUACCUGGGCAGGGAGAAGAACCUGGAGGACCACACCAUCCACCUGCUCUUCUCUGCCAACCGCUGGGAGCACGUACCCAUGAUGAAGGAGAAGCUGCAGCAGGGGAUCACGGUGGUGCUUGACAGAUAUGCCUUCUCUGGAGUGGCCUUCACGAGUGCCAAAGGGAAGAAGUCAGCUCUGUCAGCCUCCCGUGGAGCCAUUCUGCACAGACACUCCUGUCCCACUCCAUCAGAAGUGUCCUGUUCUGCUCAUCAGCUAUCAAUCCUCUAAGAGUGGGCACAGAAGCUCCAGCCAUGCCUGCAGCACCAGCUGUGACCUGCAUUCAUUCCUGCCCAAGCCUUUCCUGCUUCCUGGAAGGACUGAGUUGAUCCUGGGUCCCCCACCUGCAUCUUCUCCCACCCUCCUGCUUUCCUGGACACUGUGUGGCUUGAGACAGAUGCAUUGAAGCACUUAGGUGCUAACCAGGUGUCUGCAAAAGCCCCACAUUAAGAGCCAGGAUGUGUAACAUGAGCUGAGUCACCCCAAAAUGAUGAUCCCAAAUCCACAUGGGCACAGCAAGGAAUGUUCUGCUACUUUCUGGUGGGGGUAAAAGGGUGUCUGAAAGUGUCUGCAUUUCUUAGAAUGUAGCUGGUGACCUGCAGGGCUCAGCCAUGUGGAUGCCACCCUUGGGAAGCAGGGGUGGCAUCUUUUGCUGCUGGAAGGGGCCUCCUCUGCUUAUUAAAAGUAUGGAGUUUGGCAUGUUUUUCACUCAAGAAGCAUUCCAGGAGAAGGGGAGAUGUUGGUGCACAUACCUAACACAAAAGUCUGCUGGCUGCCAGAUUUCACUCCCAAGAUGUUGUGGCACUUUCAGCUUCUCUUACCCCCUCAUGGGAUUGAAAAACCCACUGCACAAACAUCCCAAAAAUACCCAAUUACCAGGGUAUCAGAAUCUGGGGGGAAACUGGAGGGCAGAUGUGCCAGCUCCUCUUAGAGAGAUUUAAGAUGUGGAUGAGCAGUAAGUGGACUCUGUAGUCUCACCAACAUCAUGGGUUCACAUGCCCUGGUGAAAGUCUUCCUGACCUGUCAGAAAAAUCUAAAAACUGGAAAACUGCAUCUAUUGUGUGUGGGCUGAAAUUCCAGGGAAGGUGAGUAUUGGGAAGGAGCCUCCGUGGGCUCAGAGAGAUCUGCAUUGCAGCUGUGUGGUGUUUGUGUUUGGGAGCAGCUUUCUGUUGGACCGAGCAAGUUUUGGAGUGGUGAUGGCUGUGUGGAGGCUCACAACGUGCCUUUGUAGAGCUCAGAUGGGAUCUGCAGAAGAGGCAUGAAAAACUUUCAGUCUGUCCAACUUAAAUGGGCACAGGAGGUGCUGAACCCCUGACAAAACCUACUCACUCCCAAAUGAGAAGGACUGAAUUCCCACAUGGUGAGCUGGGCUGCCACCUGUUCAGGUCAUGGCCUGUGCUGAGUGUUUUGGGUUGCAAUUCCUGCCAUCCUUGGCUGCUCCUUUCCCACCUCACUCUCCAGCCAACCUGCUGCUUUCCUGUCUGUGUGUGUGCCUCACCUCAAACCCUCUUGUCUUUGCUUG